UGCAGCUCCAGUGUUGACAAACAUGUAAGACCAGAUAGACCGCGUCGAGUGUUAGUUGUUCACUUAAGUGUGCCCUCUCAUUAUCUCUAAGUGGCGACUUGUUUAAGUGAUAUUCCGCCCUUAUGGUUGACCUCCCCUGUGGAUUUUGGUGGUAGCCAUAGUAUUGUGUUGAACCACGGAUUAUUGAUAUAUCAAAGAUAACAAAACAUUGACACGUCUUGUGAAAGCGAAGUCAUCUAUACUGCCUCAGGAUGCAUUCUAUGGGUCUUCACUCGGCGUUGGCCAUCAAGCGGCAGAGGAAGAGGCGGGAAGAGCAGAAGAAAGCCAGGGAUCGCCGCUUCAGCUCCCAGUCGACGGAGAGCGGUCUGGGCGAGUCCCGCUCGUCAUGUGCGAGUCCACGCAACAGUAUCGGCAGCCUAGACCACCGCCCGCUCAAGAGCCGCAAAGGCUACAAGAAGCCUAAGACGGCACCACCUACUCAGGACAAGAUGGUGUCCAGCGUAGGAAUGUUGCACAUCGGAGUCGUCUUCCUGGUCUUAGGCACCUUCCUGAUCGGCUCCGGAUUGAUCCCUGACGACAUGGAACACUGGCAGAAACCUCCUGGAGACUCGUACUUCAACGAAAUCGUAUUCGCCGGCAUUUUCGCUUUCUGCAUCGGCAUCUUCUUGAUCGUGCUAAACGCUGUCCUCGGAAAGAAAGAGGACGACGAUUUGACCGCGUACGUGGAAAGGCAGUUGAACAGGUCCAGGUCGGGUCACAGGUUGGUCCGAGACGUUGAGACAGGAAAUCUUACCACCAAACACGAACAGAGGGCGAAGGAAGUGGAGCGCAUCUCCCCCCUGAACACCGAUCUAGAGGAUAUCACCCCGAUCCAUUUUAGCCCGACUCUUCGAUCUCCUCCUCCCCUGUCGGCCUCCACUCCCAGAUCCGACCUGGAGAGGAUACUGGAGGAGGAGCUCUCCGAAAAGGGCGAGGAAGACAACAGGAUGAUGGAGCGCUUCAAUAAGGAGACGCUCUCCAAUAAUAGCUCUUCAGGAACAGCUGAUCUUGAUACUAGAGAACUUCUCCAAACCAGAUAUUACAACUACUCUCAUAAUAGGUAAGCUGUGGACACAGUGACACGGCGGCGGUUCUGUCGACGGUCUGCGGAAGACUGAUAAUCGAAUGUGAUGAUGUCUUGAAGUGUCUCGGUCAAUCCACCUUCUCUUCGAUCUAUCUAUGGGUAGCUAACUUAUAAAGCUUGUAGAGCAACUAGUAUUUCUUCAAGUCAGUUUUCACAAUUUCGCCAGAAGUUUCUGUAAGUUUGUCGGUAAACGAAUGCUAUUGAAUGGUCGGUAAAUGAGUUUAAAAGAAAGCCAGCUGGAUUCUUUCUUAUAGGUUCCAUUCAGAAGGAAUUAUGAGUGUGCUAUAUAAAUUUCCAACUGAACAAGCAACCCAUUUACACAAGGAAACCUACAACGUAUCCCCCCCUCCCCCAGCAUGAAACACGCAUUUAUGUCCGGUUUGUAUGUAUAUAUAUUUCUUGUUGUAUAUUACUUUGACACCGAGGUAAGGAAUUUGAGACAUUAGAAUAGUUUAUUCACUGUAUAUAUUUUUCCAUCAAAUAUCAUAAAUGUUUUAUUCAGUAAGUUGUAACAUACAAUUCAAUACGCUUUUACGGUACAAAACUAUACAUGAAAUGUCACAUUUACAUCGUAGGUUGUUAAAUAAUUGCGCCUGUGGCAAAGAGGUUUAUUUCUAUUAAGUUUACAAAUUUGUUUGUAAUUAGGUUGGUGUUCCUGGCAAGAAAAGAAAAUAUCAGCAGUAGAUAAUGUCCUUGUCACAGGUGCAAUGUUUAUGUCUAAAAAUUUUCUAAUGAAAUUGUUAAUAAGUAAUGGCUUUGUUUGGCCUCGAUUUUGAAAGUUUCGAAAUAAUAUAGGGGAUAUAUAUAUUUUAAAAUUAUUUUGCAAUAUUUUUCUAUUUUAUAUUCUAACUUCCUAACUACAAUUAAUUGAUUUUUGAAUAAACUAGCUAACACAGACAAUGUUAAAAAUCUUUAUUUCUAAGAAAUAAGAGUAAGCGUACUAAAUAUAAACAAUAUAUAAUCAUUGUGCAGCUAGUAACGAAAAUGUUUGACUUCACCAUCAAAAUGAGACCAAACGACCUGGUACUGUUAAAUACCAACAGAUUUAUAUAUCUAAUAAAUUACAUAAUAUAAAUUAAAAUAUUAUUAUAUGAUAUACAGUAACGAAUAUAUAAUUUUAUAUGUUGUCCUUAUGGACAGACCGCAGAGGUAAUAUGUUCCUACGGUUAAAAGUGUAUUUUAACUGUUAUUUUGUUUUUAUAAUAUUAUAUCGUCCAUCUAUUUUAUUGUCAGUACAUAUAAAAAAUAAAAUAGAAAAUCUAUUCUCUUCUUGAUUUCUUACGAAUUUAUAUUAAAACUUACUUCAAAACUUGUGUUUUCGUUUUUCUCUGUAAUGAAUAGGUUGUUUACUAACGAAAUACUUUUGACAUUUAUAGAAAUUAAUGUUUUCGAGUCUGCUCCAGAAACUUAUGGAAUUAUUGAUAUGUACAUUUUACUAACUGUAAAAUAUCAAAAUUAUUUUUUUAUAUUACAUUUAAGUAGCUUUAUACUCAAGUAAAUGGAGUAAUACUAAAACUAAUUGUUAAAAUGAGUACCUAUAUAUAAAAUAAAUGUUGGAUCUUAUAUUAUUUUUAAACUUUAACCUAUACGUAAGGAUAAGUAAGCGAGGAUCCUCUCACUGUAAUUCUAGAAAUGUUUAAUUCUAACCAGACUUUUUCAAUUAUUACAUUAACAGUUUGGUGAAAUAAAUAGGUUUGUUCUGUUAAGCUAUUAUGAUUUCUAUAGUAUGAUGGUGAGUCGAAUAUUAAUCGGACUGUCGUUUUGGUCAACCGAGAAAAUAGCUAGGAGACAUGUAGUGAUACAUGGCGGAGCGGGAUAGCCGCAUCUCCAACCCUGCGCUGUAGCUGAUGUUAGGCCUACCUGUACAACCAUGGCAACAGUUAUCCGUUAAAUCCACGACACAAUAUCAUAUACUUUAGGAUCAAAAACUUAUUCUUUAAUUGGAAGUGUUUGAGAUCGGAUUACAGUAGUUUUCCCAUGUGUAGUAAACAGGUGCUAAUCUCCAAGUUAUCUUCCUACCAUUUUAAAAUUUUCCAUGGAGAUGCAAGAACCUAGUGUAUUUUUUGCUGUCUGAACUCGUAUUGUACAAUAACACAGUACCUAUAUAUAUAUACUCAUUUAAUUAUUCAUAAAAAGCAGUUUGUGUCUUAGGAUCGAUCAUCAACUGAAGGAUACAGCGUCCGUGUCUAGCGCAUGAGCAUAAGCAACACUGUCCCCUCUUCAAGCUAGACCACGUGAUACAGUCAGUGCCAAACAAAAGUAGUGUUUACUUAAUUUUUAUAGAGAUAAAGACAUUCGAACGCGUUUUGGUAAUAGGACAGGUAGAUGUACUAAGCAACAGCGUCGGCUUGUUUACUAACUGUACGCCGCGCCAUCAUGCCGUGAGAAGGGUUGGUGAGGGGGGACGGCGCUGCUUCCCUCUCCGCGGUGCGCGCCAGCUGGCUCUCUCGGUUAACGAAUCGAAAAAUGUUUCACACUCUUGAUUUUGACCUCAUUGUAUCUCGUUUUCCACCCAGUAUUUUAUUAUCCAGUCUGUAAAUAAAGUUUUACAUAAUAGAAAUCGAAACUGGCUUCCUCUGUUUUGGUCAGUUGCUAAAAACUACUUAUAAAGAUUAUAGAUGUGUUAACUCUUUAUAGUUAAGCUACGUCCUCUACCCAAUACCACAAAAGGUGCUUGAAGAUGCGACCAUGGUUUUAUUUUUAAAUGAACGUUAAUCGACAUAUACCAACAGGCUGGAGUGAAAUAGUGCCUUUUGACCAAACAGCUCACUGCAGUUGUCACUCCCUAUCACAAAAUGAGACACUGCAGAUUCCUCCCAAAAAUCAUAGUUUGUUUUUUGACUACAUCAGUGCAUAAUAGCGAGAGAGCCUACGUUGAGCAAGUUGUAGCAAAAUUUUAGGGGACAUAAUUCGGUUUAUAAUUAUUUCGCUAAAUGUUGUGUGAAUUACAUUUAAGACUGUGUUUACACGGUUCAAACAAAUUGAUAUUGUAAAAUCCCUUAAUCCUUCAAGUCUUUGAAAAUAGUUACAUUCAUUCAGGAAAACGACGUUUGAGCCAAACUGGUCAUAUGAACACAAAAUGGAUACUGGCGAGCAAAACGGCUUGUUGUGAGACAGGACUGUGUCAUCACCCUCCUCCACAUUGCCCCACCAAUACGUCUGCGCCCUUUCCCACUUCACCUUUUAAAACAGCCGCGUAAACGAUAGUCCGUUUCAUAUUUAACUCACCAUUAAUAGUCGAUCCAAAUAAAAAAACACUUUGAGUUAAAAAUUAUAUUCCCCAUGUAUUACCACUUGUAUCAUUUAUUAUUUUAUCGGUUAUCGAAAUCCAUUACUUUAUUUAAAAUAAAUUACCUAUUUUUUUUUGUUUUUAACACAUACCUUAUAAUACCAAUACCUUAAAACUGUUUUACCUUUAUACUAUAAAAUGUAGUAAACAUACUGCUAUCAAUACAUUAUCAUAAAGUUGUAUUUUAUAUGUUAAUAUUCAUAUUUAAAGGUAUUAGUAAUUCCAUAAAUGGAGCAACUUAAUAUUUUUACUUUGAACUGUACCAAACAGAAACGUAAAGUUAACCAUAAACGUCUUAAAAUAUAUAUUUCAUAGUUAUGUAAAUUAUAAAUCUAAUAAAUAUGUAUAUAUCGUUAAUAUCUUUACAACACUAAUAUUGUUGCUUUAUAUACCCGUUAUGGCUUCAAGCCACUAAUUAAGCUGUCUGUACAUUUUGCAAGGCUUUUGGCUUAAUUCAAUUAUUGCUGGCAAACAUCGACCUAAAAGCCUACUCAGUGGGACGAUAACUGAAGGACGCUUUUUGCCAAAAGCCCUCGAAAAAGAGAAUUUUAAAGUUUUUUCUUAUACGUAUUUUCAUAAGCACUCUUGUAUAUAUUGCACGGUUUACUACUUAAUUUAUCUUAAUACUUGUCAUAAUAAUCGACCAAUAGUUAUGUAUUUUAGUGUAAUUAUUGCAUUAUGACUAAUAACGUUUUUUAUAACUAAUAACGUGGUUGUAAACAUUUGAAGCACCUUUAUGAAUGUUUUGAGCACUUCAAUUUCAAUGUAUAUGGUUUUUAAGAGAGCUAAGAUUAUAUGGAAUAUGUUUCUCUUCCACCUACUAUUAUACUUGGUUCCUUAUUAUCGUUUUCUUAUCAAUUUUAUAACCAAACUAAAGUUGCCGUCCUUCCUAACCGAUUGGAGUGUGUAAAUUUGCAAAAUAAAAAAAAAUAUUUUAUCUUAUUUGAGAAAUACAGGAAUGUGUUCUUUAGUUUUACUGUAUACUAAUUUAAAAUCAUGAUUAAUUAUAAUUAUUUAUGAAUGUAUUUAUGAGCACUUCAUAACUAAUGAUCAUUGUGUUGCACAUUUAUAACACAGAACAUAAAAAACACGUGGUUUUCGACUACUCUGUAGACUAUUUUUGUACGUUCAAUAGCAACGCUUAUGCUAAAAAAGCUACUCUCUUUUGAAGGAUAUUACAAAUAUCAGAAGUGAUUGAAUCAGGCUUAAAAUAGCCAAAAGAGUGCUUAGACAUUGAUCAUAAGUUAUGGAGGUGUUAUUCUAAUAGGUUUAUUACACUAAUAUAAUUUCAAGUAGAGGCUAAAGUAAGCUUCACUUCUGUAAAGUUACGUCUUUGAUGUCUAUCUUACAAGAAAAACUGUAAUUGCCACGAGGAUUUAAAAAUAUUAUAGGAAACGUGUCCUUCCUAUAGUAUUUCCCGAAUCCAGAAUAUCUCGUUUCAAUACUGAAGAUUGUCUGGGUACCCUGUAGCGGGCAGCCUUCACCACAUCCAUCAUCAGCGGUUCUGUUAAAAAAAACAUUCUUGAAGAGCUGCAAAUAUCCAGGAAAAAUACAAAUUACUUCUAGGAACUAUUAGUUCUUCGAUUAGUCAGAAAUAUUAACGGUCGGAACUACCCAACAAUCGGUUGAUCCAUCUUGCCCCUUCUGUAUCCUUUCUAGUCGGUUCCUUUUACAGGCUGACUAAAAACAUCAGCAACAAAUGUUUCGGUACAAUUUUUGGUUUGGUUUUGUUAUCGGAUAAUUUUAGGAAUUAUUUUAGUUCGCAUAAAAACAAUAGCUACUAAAAGUAACGGCUGAAGGGUAAAGCAAUAACAGUGAAGCACGGAGCAUUAUUGUCAGUGCGAUAGCAAAACGUCUCUGUUUGAGCUGCAUUAAUGUUUCCAAUAAAGUGGAUCGUUGCUUUUUACACGUACGAAUCAUUUAUCAGUAUUUAUAGAAAUCUUAGCUACACAACAGUUACAGGUCUUCUAUUGGGAUUUUAUUAUGUUACGUUAUUUUCUAUCGUAAAGCAGGCCUAAUUUCCGUGUUAAUAUGGUUUUAAAAUAAUGGACGCUUUAAAUUAACUGUAGUGUGUGUAAAUUUAAAGUAAAAAUAAGUAAGGUUCUGUUUCAAUGAUGAUGGCUGCUUGUUUUACCGUUUUACUGUUACAUUCAAUCCCAUUUAAACAAAUGUAUCAUGAUUGAAUAAUUAUUGUAUUUCUAAAGUUUAUAUUUCAAAUAGAACAUUUAAAAAGUAUCCUGGCACGUUAGUUUUACGUUUAUCAAACCAAAGGAUGUCAAUCUCGUAUGAAGUUGCUCCGCAGAGAUUCCUCCACAUUCAUGGAACUUUCUUCCUCCUGGUGCAGGAGUUCUGGCUAUCUCCUGGAUAUUCCUUGUUCCAAUAGCAUCGCUUGCUGACGGAUCUGUUACAGUAGUAAGUUACUGCUAUUAACUUCACAGGUGGUAGUUCCCAGUCUUGGGACGACUUAUCCUAUUAGGUGUUGCAGGAAGAACACUAUUCCACUUUACAUUGGGAAUUUUGGAACUAUCCUUAAAAUUGUUUAACGACUUCCGUAUCGGAAUUCUACCGACGUGAAACUUCCUUGAGUCUCCUCCAUUUUAUGUUUAUCAUAAAUUAGAAUUAGUUUGUAUAUAUAAGAAGAUAUCAAACAUCCAAAUUAUAUCAAAUAGUUACUUUGUAAUUCCAAACAAGUAUAGCUUAACAUUAUCAACACUGUCUCGUACCUUUUAGAACUAUUUAUUUUGUGUGUGCAUUGUAAGACACGACCACAAUUCCGAUCGUUAAAAAUAUUAUUUUUUUUUUACAAUUCCUUGAUAUAAUAAACCUUUUUUCCAGGUUUUUAACAUUUAAAGAUUGUUACCACAUAACUGUGUGUUUUAAAACCUAUAAUAUUACUUUGAAUUUGUUAUGAAGUUGAAUUAACUGAAGAGCUAUGUAGAAACCGACCAUGUGAGAUUUAUACCCCUUCAUUGCUUGGCUUGUGAUGCUUAUACACCUAAGACUGAUGAAUCCAGGCUAAUUAUGUAAUUACAGUUUUGUACUUAGAUUUUGUUUCCUCAGUCGACUUUGUGUGAAGGAGUUUUGGUGUCUCAGACAGUCCUGUUUAGUAUUAGCACGGUUGUAUUUUUCGCCUUAAGCCUUAAUUGUUACACUUUCUAGAGUUUUGCACUGUUACUGUAUGUGUUUACUCUAAAUAUUAACUUAACACUGUGAUACAGGUACAUAUUUGUGUAAUUUAGUUGAUUGUUAUUUUCUUGGAAUCAAUAUUGAGUUAUAAUAUGACUCGUGUUAUGAUUCAUAUUGUGAUGAAUAGCCUAAAUGUUUUAAGGAUUCAGCGACCUCAUCUUGAAUUACUUUCUGACUGUGAAAUAAGUGAAUUUAUUUUUAUACUUCAGUUAGAUUAAUUGUGGAAUUUAGUGUUUUUGUUCAUAUUUAAUCUAUACUAAAUCUCUUAUCUUCGGUAGUUCUUUGUAAAGUACAGCUAUAGAAACCUCCUGAAAGGUAGUCAUGCAUUAAAGAAGAAAUUAAUAAUUCCAGGCAUUUCUCCACUGGUGCAAACCUUGUUUUAUAAACCUUAAAUAUCACUGUCAUAUAACUCUGAUGUAUACUACAAUAUUCUUUAUUUCACUAAUGACCUUUAUUUUUUUAUCUCUAUGAAGAUUUUUAAAACGCCAAAAUUAUUAAUAACGUGUGAAAAUUUCCAAAUACUACAAUUAUUAGGAUCAUAUGGUCUUUGGUUUUAAAAAUGUUACUAAUAUCGUGUGCUAUGACUGCCGUAAUUUGUUCUUGUAGAUAAUGCUGUUCUUCUAAUCAUAUGAUCGUUGAUCAUAAAGAACACAAUCAUUACAUGAUUUCUUUGCCAUUAACAUUAACAAUCGAUCAUAUAAUACAAUCAAUCAGUGUUUCUGCAGACACCAAUGAUAAUUGUUUAGAUCAUGUGUUAGUCUGUCUAGAUUGUUUUACGCUUUGUUAUAUUUGUAUAUUUUUUCUAUUUCAUAUUUUGUCGUCAGUUUUAAUUGCCGCUGCGGGACAAAAUGUGUAAUUUUUCUAACAUUUUAUAAAUAUUGUGUAAGCUUUAUUUCAUUAAACGAAAUCAAGUG